UAGAGGUAGGGUCUAGAGCGCCAGCGAGACAGCCCGGUUGCAACGGGCGCGUACAAACGUAUCAUGCUGGGUAGGGCCGGUGCCGAGAUGCCGGCUUGUAAACGAAACCAGUUUGCUAUCCGAUACGAUCCAGGCAACAGCGGCCUCGCGUGAUAUCCCCACGACGUGGAAGAGCGUCAGCGCGCCUGGCCUAGUGGGUGUUACCUGAGCGACCUGGAGAACGGUCGCGCGAACCCACCUGACAGCGAUCUUCAAUGGGCAUCGGAGCUCUUCACAACGCGAUCCUGCUCCAAUUUAGACGUUGCCACGUGCCACCUUUCGGGGAUUGUUUCGAAAUUAAUCAGUGACGUGUCGCGACGCGCGCAAGAGAGAGAGAGAAAGAGAUAGAGAGAACGGGGAGAGAGGGAGAGAAUCGCUAAUGUGGGCUUUCAAAAUUUAGUACCUGCAGAAAUAGAGGCGCUUGUUUUUCGGGCAAUUCUCUCACCUCAUAAGAGAUUGUAACUUGUCGUGUCUCUCUCCAAAUGUCACAACACCUGAUCCGUUUGUACUUUUGAACCUUAGAAUUCUGUGGUGUCGAUAGUGAAGUGGCUAAUCAUCCAGUGACCGUCACGUCCGUUUGUAAUGUACGAGCGUACCGCGCGUGACUCCAGCGAAUCAUGAGAAGGUCCAAGAGCAAGCAUAAAUCGGAGCCGCGUGCUUCCUGAAUCCCGGACAAGACCGGGUGACAUCGAUACUCCGAGAAGACAAACUACGCUUAAGUCAAAAUUGGUGUAUCCCGAGAGAAUCACCCCGUUUCGGGAAGAUGUCCGCCGCUGGGACCACACCGCCAAACGCGAACGGUCCGCUUGUACCUUGCCCGUAUCUUGCCCUGCCAACCUUAUCUUUCUCCGUCAGCCAAGUGGCAACGGUUUGCGAAACCCUAGAAGAAAGCGGCGACAUCGAGAGGCUGGCCAGGUUUCUAUGGAGCCUUCCGGUCGCUCAUCCCAACAUUCAGGAAUUGAAUCAAAGCGAGGCUGUUCUCAGAGCGCGAGCCAUUGUGGCGUUUCACUCGGGACAUUAUCGGGAGCUCUACGCGAUACUGGAGAGGCACAAGUUCACCAAGGACUCUCACGGUAAGCUACAGGCGAUGUGGCUAGAGGCGCAUUACCAGGAGGCCGAGAAACUUCGUGGCCGACCGCUGGGUCCCGUGGACAAAUAUCGCGUAAGGAAGAAAUUCCCAUUACCAAGGACGAUUUGGGAUGGCGAGCAGAAAACGCAUUGCUUCAAAGAGAGGACUAGGUCGCUGCUCCGAGAAUGGUACCUCCAGGAUCCUUAUCCGAAUCCGGGAAAGAAGAGAGAGCUGGCCGCAGCGACGGGACUCACGCCGACGCAAGUUGGAAAUUGGUUCAAGAAUAGAAGGCAGAGGGAUCGCGCUGCUGCAGCGAAAAACAGCAGAAUGCAGCAACAGUCGGGGCAAGGAAACGGAAAUGCGCGGCGUACCCUGAGCCCGGGGCCCGGCGGCAGUAGUAGCGAAGAAUCCGACAUUUCCCUCGGAGGGACAUCCCCGCCAUCGCCAAGUUCCUCGCCGCCACCGAACCACCAACCGUCCCCGGUACCCCUUGGAACUCUCGGACCUUUGCCACCACCCUCUUUGAAUUUCCGUUUCGAUCCUACGCAGCCGCACUUUCGAUUCGGCCAUACGACGGCUUUCAAGUUUCCACCGACGAGCUUCCGAUUCGGACCGCACAGUCCGCAACCUAACCACCCGAAUAUGCCGGGUGGUGGAAUUUUCAGGUUCGCGGAGUCGAGCCCUUUCCAGGCUGUAGGGCCCAGGGGUGAUCCGGCGACGAGAGAAAAUGCAGUUCUCUCUUUACUCUAUUACAGACUGCCGGAUGCGCUGGGUUUGCCACCGCCGAGACUCCAUCCGCACGACGGUCUGCUACACCACCCGCACCCCCAGCACCAGCUGUCCGAAGGAAUAUCUAGGAUAUCUGAAACGUCGCGAUUAUCCGACGGCGGGUUAUCUCGUCUUUCGGACAGCUUAUCGGAGGCCCACAGCCCGCCGUUAAUGGCGGCAAAUCUGUCGGUCACUGGUCCGCUGAGGGUGGCUGUACCUAGCCCACACACCCCCUCGUCCCGAGGCAGCCCACCUCCCCGUCAACCGACACCUCAGAGUCAGUCCCAAGGUCAGGGGCUGAUAAGGGUCGCAACGCCACCGCCAGCGAAUCCGAGACCGCAGAUCCACAGGCCAUUCUCGCCCGCGUGAUACGACAAGGACGACGAAUCGCAAGACACCGUAGGCACGGAUGAUCGUCUCAUAUCGAAAAAGAGCUACAAGUGCGGUGACAUCGCGAACGAACGCUUCGAGGUGUUGUGAAGGCGGGGGAUCCGAUCAAGUGGACAGCGAUCUAGGUCUUCGCGGAUCGGCAAGUUCCACGAGGUACGGGGAAGAAUCGGUUGUGUCUAGGAAAUUAUAAAUGUGCGCGGUAUCGCAGAUCUGAUACGAUAUUCCACGGGAAACUUUUAACAAUUUCAUCAGGACCGAUACAACGGAACGGAUUAGGAUCGAUGAAGCUACGGAGAUUAUUCACAGAUAGAUGCAAGAUGUGAGCCAGUAUCUAGCGAGAUGGCUUUCUUCCUCGACAACAGUUAGCGUCACCGAAAAAAAAUCUAAAGAGCUUAGAAACGAUGUACACAAAGAUGAAUCAACGAUAUCAGUAGAUACAUUGUCGAAAGUUACUCGAAGACAUAACUACGCUAUGAAUCUUAGGAAGAAUUCGUUUGUGAUGUGUGAUAGGACGCUCUUAUAAAACACGGGAAUAGACGCUUCGUAAAGUGAGUGCAAAUCCGCUAUAAAUAAGUGCAAUGUCUCGGAUUAAAAACCGAACGGUCAGGGUAUGUACAUAACUUCCGUUGGACGUUCCCGACUCGUCCGUUCAUCAAAAUCCAAGAACCAGAUGCAGUGAGUCUUAUAGUUUGUACAUAGUGCCGCUUUCUAGUUAAUACUCUAUCACGAAUAGUCUCCGAGAUCGAUUUAAUCACGCAGCGGGUUGCACAGGAUUUUCACGAGAGCCGUAAAUAUUUCCGAAAAAAUCCACUUUGUUUUUAGUUACUUUCGAUUAUGUAAAAAUGUAUGUGAUAAAGAAAUUAUGUGUUUACUUUCAGAAAAGUAAUUACAUAAUUGAGAGUUCUGAAAAAUACAAAUUCUCAAGAUUUCUUGAAAUCCGUUUUUAAAGAAGUUACGACUUCUUUUACACGUAUAUUGGUUUCUUUCGAUUUUUUGGUGCGAAAAUCCUAUAUUUUGCCGGACAUCGAAGUAACAAACCAGUCUACAAGACGAGAAUGCGAGAGAACUCGAAGUUGGACUCGCUACUGUGAUUUCAUCGUGAGACUCAAUGGCCGAAAACACGAAUUCCCAAUAUCUAGCCACAGACGGAGAUCACUGCGUUACGAUAUCGAUAUUUGAAAAGUCGGAAAAUGUCGUAGCCACAAAGAUUCUCUAGCACCCAAGAGCAGUUCUUUGUCUUCAUUUUGUAUCUCUCUUUUCUUUGAUUUAAAGCAAGCGUAAACGCACAACAAUUAUGUUGAAUCAUAUUACUGAGGUCGUUAAUAAGAUCUGUUUCUAUAUUUCCUUUAUUUCUACUUCUUUUUAAUAGCUUCUCAUUUGCCCGUGCUAACAAUGAACCGACACUACCAGAUAUUUUAGCAAACUCCACAUUUUUUGCAAGGUACUGAAUACGAUCCUUUUUUUUCUAUCAAACCGUAAUUUUCAUUUCAAUUGAUGAAGUUCAUUCAAUACAUUCCAUUGUCGCUCCUUUCUGCAUUUCAUUCCAAAAUUAUUCUCAUCCAUUCAUAAAUUUAUUUGAUAUAAUAUAAGAGACAAAAAUAUAUGUCUGCAGCCUCUUCCUCACGACAUUUAUUUGCGAACUAGUAAUAUUAUUUUGGGACCUCAGUUACAUUCGUAGCAUAAUUGUUUACAUGUCGGAUUGUCCAUGUUAUUAGUAUGAUUGUACUAUAUCAGUGUACUCCCUCGUACGUGGAGAGUAAGAAAGCUUCAUGCUCUAGAUAAAACUGCAAAAAACAGCUCGGGUCUGAACGAGAGAGAAACACGACUUAUUCUAGAGGAAAGAGUGCGAUACCCAAACGAGCCAAUUUACA